AUGGAGCCGCAAGACCGAGGACAGCUGUCCGCCAUGCCUGCAGCUUCCUGGCACUACCUGAGCCGGGAGACCGAGGACUCUGGGAGACCCAGGACUGGCGGCCGCCAAGCCAGCAGCGUCCUCUACGGGGCGGUGCUGGCCGCAGUGGACUGCCCUGCAGGGCUGUGUCUGGGGCAUGUGCCAGCACAAAGUGGACCGCUCCCCAAGCCCUCCCUCCAGGCUCUGCCCAGCUCCCUGGUGCCCCUGGAGAAGCCAGUGACCCUCCGGUGCCAGGGACCUCCGGGCGUGGACCUGUACCGCCUGGAGAAGCUGAGUUCCAGCAGGUACCAGGAUCAGGCGGUCCUCUUCAUCCCGGCCAUGAAGAGAAGUCUGGCUGGACGCUACCGCUGCUCCUACCAGAACGGAAGCCUCUGGUCCCUGCCCAGCGACCAGCUGGAGCUCAUUGCCACCGGAGUUUUUGCGAAGCCCUCGCUCUCAGCCCAGCCCGGCCCAGCGGUGUCCUCAGGAGGGGACGUAACCCUACAGUGUCAGACUCGGUAUGGCUUUGACCAAUUUGCUCUGUACAAGGAAGGGGACCCUGCGCCCUACAAGAAUCCCGAGAGGUGGUACCGGGCUAGUUUCCCCAUCAUCACGGUGACCGCCGCCCACAGCGGAACCUACCGAUGCUACAGCUUCUCCAGUGGGGACCCAUACCUGUGGUCGGCCCCCAGCGACCCCCUGGAGCUCGUGGUCACAGCAACCUCUGUGACCCCCAGCCAGUUACCAACAGAACCACCUUCCUCGGUAGCAGAAGCCACCGCUGAACUGACCGUCUCAUUCACAAACAAAGUCUUCACAACUGAGACUUCUAGGAGUAUCACCGCCAGUCCAAAGGAGUCAGACUCUCCAGCUGGUCCUGUCCACCAGUACUACACCAAGGGCAACCUGGUCCGGAUAUGCCUUGGGGCUGUGAUCCUAAUACUCCUGGCGGGGUUUCUGGCAGAGGACUGGCACAGCCGGAGGAAGCGCCUGCGGCACAGGGUCAGGGCUGUGCAGAGGCCGCUUCCGCCCCUCCCGCAGACCCAGAAAUCACACGGGGGUCAGGAUGGAGGCCGACCGGAUGUUCACAGCCGCGGGUUAUGUUCAUGACUACUGAACCCCAGGCAUGGUCGUAUCCAAGGGACGGAUCAUGGCAUGGGAGGUGACUCAAAGACUGUGGCGUGUGUGGAGCGUGGAAGCAGGAGGGCAGAGGCUACAGCUGUGGAAAGGAGGCCAUGCUGCCUCCUCCUGGUGUUCCCUCAAGGAGCCGUUCAGCCAGUGUCUGUCUGUCUGUCUGGCUCUCUGUCUGAGCGCACCCUCCAUUUGGGAUGGAAGGAAUCUGUGGAGACCCCAUCCUCCUCCUUGCACACUGUGGAUGACAUGGUACCCUGGCUGGACCACAUACUGGCCUCUUUCUUCAACCCUCUCUAAUAUGGGCUCCAGACGGAUCUCUAACGUUCCCAGCUCUCAGGGUUGACUCCGUUCCACCCUCUGUGAAAAACCCUCCCGUGCUUCCCCUUGGCCCUCUGUGCUCGUUUGAUUUUCCCCAGAAACUCUCACCCUCACUCCAUCUUCCACUGCAGUCUAACAAAUCUCCUUUCGUCUCUCAGAACGGGCCUUGCAGGCAGUUUGGGUAUGUCAUUCAUUCAUUUUCCUUAGUAUAAAACUAGCACGUUACCCGCUUCCCUUCACAUUAGAAAACAAGGUCAGCCUGUGCAACAUGGUGAAACCCCAUCUCUACCAAAAAAACAAAAA